AUGGACAACCUUGAUGCACCUGAUGAGAAAAAAAGUGCAAAAAAAGAUCAGAAAAAACCUGCACCAAACCCAAGGAAAUCAAACAUUGUUAAGCUCAACGUAGGUGGAAAGUUGUUUCACAUCCCAAAGCAUUUGGUCCUCAAACACCCAAAAACCAGGAUUGGAGUCCUAGCCUUCUGUGAUGAUCCGGUCAAGCGGCUGACGCUCUGUGACGAUUACAAUGUUCAGAACGACGAAUUCUUUUUUGACAGGGACCCCAUGUUUUUCCACUACAUCUUCCACUUUUAUUGCAGUAAUGUGCUGUGGGUGAUGGAUAGUCUCUGCCCUGUCAACUUUGAGGAAGAGAUGAAAUUCUGGGGGUUGAAACUGAAGGACACUCCAAGGUGCUGCCGCAUUCUGUUUGAGGAGAAAGUGGACGACAUCAGAGACCAACUGAAGGUGAACCAGGAGUUGAUUGAUGAGAUUAAGCCUCACGAGGAUGGCGAGGGAUACAGCAAUAUGUUUCUUGGAAGCUUUCGGAAGAUCCUUUGGGACUUGAUGGAGAAUCCUUACUCCUCACUGUCAGCCAAAGCCUUUGCUGUGUUUUCCAGUCUCUUUGUGCUUAUCUCUAUUGUUGCCAUGACAAUGAACACAGUACAGGAGCUCAGGCAGUACAAACUUGGUGACAAAACCUACAUGGAGUGGAUAGAGGUAUCUUCCAUACUUUUCUUUGCAUUGGAGUACUUUUUGCGUUUACUCACCACAUCCAACAUCAGAAAUUUUUUGAAGAGUGCUCUCAACUUUGUGGAUGUGGUGGCUGUUAUGCCAUACUUCCUGCAGAUCGUUUUUGAGACAUUUGUUAUGGAUACAGAAGACGUAGGUGCAAAGGAAGAUUUGAAGACCAUGGCAAGGGUCAGUAAAGUCAGCAAGGUGCUGAAGGUUGUCAAGUUGAUGCGCAUCUUCCGUAUCUUGAAGCUUGCCCGUCACUCCACAGGCAUGAGGGCGUUUGGUUUCACCAUCCGACAGUGCUCUGAGCAGGUGUGCUGUCUGUUUCUGUUCAUUGCCAUGGGCAUCUUCACCUUCUCUGCUCUGAUGCACUCUGUGGAGGUGGAUCAGCCUGGGACACCAUUCAGCAGCAUACCAGAUGCCUGGUGGUGGGCUGCGGUGAGCAUCUCUACUGUGGGCUAUGGAGACGUCGUACCUAUCUCCUAUCUCGGCCGCUGUGUGGCGUUUGGCUGCAUCUCUUUUGGCAUCAUCCUCAAUGGCAUGCCCAUCUCCAUCCUGUUCAACAAGUUUUCCGACUAUUACGCCAAACUGAAGGAACAGGAAUACACAAUUUCAAACACAGAGCGCAGCUUCCAGCUGAAGAAACGUAUGAGGCGCAAGUUUGACAACUGCUUCGCGCCCCAGCCGGAGGAGUCUGAUGACGACAUACACUAUCGGCCCUAUGUUAGUCAAACUGUCCAUCAGAGGGAGGAUUUAGCUGCCCACUAG